CACGCUACACAUGCGCGCGCUCGGCACUCACACACGCAGAGUUGGUCCUGUUUGUUGUUUUUAUUUACUCGUCCGGCUGUUUAUCCGUCCGCUGCUCCGCUCUCUCUCUCUCUCCUUGAGGUUUCCGAAGAUUGGGAAAUCGAGCGGACGCCGUCAAACAAGGCGCCAAACCUUUUAGGAUUUUUAGAAAAUAUUUUCCUAUUUUUUCUCUUGUUUUUUUUUUUAUAUAUAUAUUUAACGGCCUAAUCAAGAGUCCCAUUGCCGACCCCAGCCGCGCGCGGACUGUUGUUUUUGUUUUUAUUUGUCUGUUGUUUUGCAGUAAAAGUAGCUGUUUUAUGCUGUGUGUUGUUUUUUUUUAUAGUAUUUUAUUUAUUACAUUAAUCGUUAUUGUUUUUGUUGACUGGCCUGGUAGUUGUUGUUGUUUGUUGUUUGUUUGGAGAUGUUUGUUGUGGCGGCUCUGUGCUCCCUCGUGCCCGCCCUGCUCCUGCUGCUGCUCUCCCGCGCGCUGUGGGGGCUGAGGUGGAGCUCGGCGCGCGACAGGAGCUGCGCGCUGCCGCUGCCGCGCGGCUCCAUGGGCUGGCCGCUGGUGGGAGAGACGCUGCACUGGCUACUGCAGGGCUCGAGCUUCCACAUCUCGCGGCGGCAGAAGCACGGUAACGUGUUUAAGACGCACCUGCUGGGGAAGCCCGUUAUCCGUGUGACCGGCGCUGAGCAUGUGCGAAAGAUCCUGCUGGGUGAGCACACGCUGGUGAGCACGCAGUGGCCCCAGAGCGCGCGCAUCAUCCUGGGGCCUCACACGCUGGUCAACUCCACUGGGGAGCUGCACAGGAAGAAGAGGAAGAUCCUGGCCCGCGUCUUUAGCCGCGAGGCACUAGAGACCUACCUAUUGCGCCUUCAGGACGUGGUGAAGUGUGAGGUGGCACAGUGGUGCGCCGAAGCGGGUUCAGUGGAUGCUUACGAUGCCACCAGGGCUCUCACCUUCCGCGUGGCCAUGCGUGCUCUGCUGGGCCUGCGGCUGGAGGAGCAGCGCAUCAUUUACCUCUCCAAGAUCUUUGAACAGCUCAUGAGCAACCUAUUCUCACUGCCUGUGGACGCGCCUCUCAGCGGCCUGCGAAAAGGAAAAAGAGCACGAGACAUUCUGCAUGUUGCCAUGGAGAACAUCAUCGAGAAGAAGUUGAAGAAGCAAGAGCAAGAGGACGAAUACUGUGAUGCUUUUGACUACAUGCUGAGCGGCGCAAAGGACAACAGCUACAACCUGACCAUGCAGGAGCUUAAGGAAACCGCAGUGGAGCUGAUCUUUGCCGCUCACUCCACUACCGCAAGUGCAGCCACAUCUCUCAUCCUCCAGUUAAUGCGGCAUCCUGAUGUAGCAGAGCAUGUGCGGGCUGAGCUUGAGGCAGAAGGUUUGAUCACAGAGGCUCGUGGAUCCUGCCGAUCGCGCUGCAGCGAGGGUAGUGGCACGCGCUCAAAAUUUGAAAAGUGUGUGGACCAGGAGGAGGUGCGUCCUGAGCUCAAAGCCAAGUCCCUGCUUGACAAGACAACCUUUUUGGAGGAAAGUCAUCAUUUGAGGACCCACGUGCCUUACUUGAGCCUGGAGAAGCUGAAUCAGCUCAGCUACUUGGACUGCGUGGUCAAGGAGGUGCUCAGAUACCUCCCACCAGUGUCUGGGGGAUAUAGGACAGUCCUGCAAACAUUUGAGCUGGACGGCUACCAGAUCCCAAAGGGCUGGAGCGUCAUGUACAGCAUCCGUGACACACACGAGACUUCCCCUGCCUUCCAGAACCCGGAGCUCUUUGACCCGGACCGCUUCAGCCCUGAACGGGACGAGAGCAAAGCUAGCCGCUUCAGCUAUGUGCCGUUCGGAGGUGGUGUGCGGAGAUGCAUCGGCCGCGAGCUGGCUGUGCUUGUGCUGAAAACAUUGUGCGUGGAGUUGCUGGCCACUGCUGAGUGGACACUAGCCACGGAGACAUACCCCAGGAUGCAGACGGUGCCGAUCGUCCAUCCGGUCAAUGGACUGCAUGUGAAGUUCAACUAUAGGAAUCACGCAAGAAACCGCAGAGAAUCCACUCAUCUGUAGAGGACAGAAGCCUUGCAUGGACAGAACACCAGCCAACUUUAAUGUUUUAAACUGGACUCUUGAAAGACCGACACAUCUAAAUUUUUGAAAUUUAAAGAUCAAGUUGGUGGUUUUUCUUUCUUAACUAACCCGUGAAUAACUAGCCUACUUGUCAAAAAUGCACGAUCUUCUAACCUAAAGAAACUAAGAAAUAAAAAAAAAAAUCAAAAAUGCAAAAUUCCAGACAAAGUUCAGGUUGCAAGAUGGCUGCUACUACUGUUUUUUAGCCAUGUGAUAUACGUUUGUCUAUUUCAGUAGAUGACUGUAUGUCAAACAGUGUCAGAAACAUAGACAAGUGUGCACUUCCAUAGGCCUAGCUAGAGAAAAGCUAGCCAAGCCUUUUCCAUUCCACCUAUUGACUGAAUCCCAAAUGGCUCCUUAUUGGCAAUAUAGUGCACAUAUUGAGUGUAGAACCUAUGUAGUAGGACCUAUUUACCAAUGGUGUGUCCUAUAAAGGGCCAUGUGGGAUUCAGCCAUUGCUUUCCCUUUCUCAUUUAUAUGUGAUAUAUCAACAAAAUGUGCUUUUGUUUGUCAAAUGAAGUAAGAAAUUUAAAUAAGCUCUAUUUAUAUUUCAAUUUAUUUAGGGAUAGUAUAGUAAGUAAAGAAAUACAAAAAGCAAUAAAAAGUCAAUAGUUACUAGGAGGUCUAUGUUAAUAAGGAAUAGCUAUCUCGCCAUGUUGACUUUUAGGUGUGUAUCCUUGUACGUAGAAAUGUGGUAUCGCUUCAUACUGUGGGAGUGCUAUAAAUCAGUCGAGUGUGUUUAUUCUAAAUGUAAACUGUGAAUAAGGAUCAUUGCUGUGUGAAGCUAAUGAUCGGUCUGAAAACAGGGAAGGAGAAACCAGCAGCACUUUUACUUUCUGACUGAGGAUUUUUUGUAUAUUUGUUUUGUUAAUAACUGUGUAAUAUUUGCAUGUGUCUUCAGAGACACAUGCUUAGUAUUCAUCAUCUGCCAUAUCAAUUUAUGCAUCUGGCCAAGACCCUUUCAGUGUUCAUCCCACUAUGUGACCAUAUCUGUUUAAUAAAAAAUGCAAUGGGUUUA